CUUAUUCCAGGCGAAGACUAGGGACAGCUCAAUAUGAUAUCCAAUCCCCCAGAUAAUUCAGAUCCGGUCUCGUAUGAAUGCACAUGCACAGCACGGCAGACCGGUGGCAAAGUCCUUCUCUUCUACCGCUACUGGGACAACGAGCCUGCGCUUCCAGCAGAGCAUAAGAGCAAAGCAUCAGAACCACAAGCACUGGCUGAUUUUCACAAAGACCUAGCAUCGCGAUUAGAUCUUGGUGGUAAAUUCAGGAUAGCCCGCGAAGGUUUCAAUAUCACCCUCGGGGGCACCGAUUCUUCCAUCACAACAUGUAUCGAAGAAUGCUCUAAACACUGGUCGUUCAGCGGCAUUGAUCUCUCAUCAGAAGACAGCAGAAAAGCAUACUUCAAGCCAACACCAGGAUGCUCAUGUGCGUUCGGGGGAAAGGCUUCUAUAAAAGUCACCGCAGAAAUCACUCCCCUGGGGAUAACAGACUACUUACCAACGUCAUGGUCUAAUGUCAUAUCAUUACCGCCAGAACAAUUCCACGAACUAUGCAAGGAGGGCUCAAUACCCAUGAUCGACGUUCGGAACCACUACGAAUCCCGGAUCGGGUACUUCGUAAACAGCAAAGGGGAAGCCGCUGUCCGGCCCGCUGUGCGGAGAUUCAGCCAAUGGCCCGGAUAUGUGUCCAGACACGUGCUUGGAAACGACAUUUACAAGAAACCGAUAGCAACUUAUUGUACUGGGGGUAUCCGCUGCGAGAAAGGUGCGAGGUGGAUGCAGGAGGCCCUUGCCGCGCAAGAAGAGCGCAGUGAUGCUCCGGUGUACACGCUCCAUGGCGGCAUCGUGGCGUAUCAGGAAUGGAUGCAAAGGGAGAUUGAGGCGGGGCACAAGACCAAGGAUGAUAGCUUCUUCAAGGGCAAGAACUACGUCUUUGACGCUCGUGGAGCCAUUGGAUUGGAUGAGGCGGAUCCUACGGAGGGAGACAAAGUCUCAAAUUGCCAUGUCUGCAACGUGGCGGAAGACAGGUUAGGGAAAUGCAAGGGCUCGAUGUGUCAUUUGGUCCUGGUGGUAUGUCAAUCAUGCGAUGGUGAUGGAGAUGUGUGGUGUUGUUCGGACUGUAGGCAAAUGAAUGAAGAACAAGCAUCUGCUCCGUCACGGCGCAUCUGUGCGUGCGAGAAGGAAAGAGAGAGUUCGCUCUGGGGCGACCAAGGAGCUAAGUUGGGAAAGGCUCGAAGAAAAAAAGGCCAAAAUUAGUAUACCUACAGAUACAUGACAUAUAAUCAAUAUCGCUAGAUAAGUGUCUAGCCUGUGGGAGAUUGAUGAAGACUCCCCGCAUCUGCAAACUUACCUUAUCUGUCACAUCCAGGAUUUUUGCACUGGAUGGGACCAAUAUUCAGAUAAUAGCAUUCUCAGCCCUGGGGGCUGUUCCAAAAUCGAU